AUGGCGUCUCCACCAUCUUCGUACCCGAAGAAUGAUCCUCUUUCUCCGGCGUCUUCUGCUCCGGUCUCUUCUCAGACCACGGCAUCUUUCGAUUGCUUUGACAAUCCGUAUUUUCUUAGCUCUGGCGAUCAUGGCGGCCUCCAGAUCGUCACGAAACGUCUUACUGGAGCUGGUGAUUACAGCUCUUGGCAACGCGCCAUUUCUAUGGCUCUUGAAGGCCGUAAUAAACUCUGUUUUGUUGACGGUUCUUUGCCGAGGCCUGCUGAUGGAGACCCUACUCUCCGUUUUUGGAAUCGCAAUAAUGCGAUUGUGGGUUCAUGGCUCAUCAAUUCUGUUGUUGAGGACAUCUCUGAGAAUUUGAUGUACAUUCCCACUGCUCGAGAGAUGUGGCUCGAUCUCGCUCACCGUUUCCAGCAGUCUAAUGCUCCUCGCAAAUAUCGCGUCAAGCAGAAGCUCCGUAGUCUCCGUCAAGGUACUAUGAACGUUGCUAAGUAUUAUACUGCUCUUUCUACUAUUUGGGAGGAGCUCAAGACUGUCCGUGUUCAUCCUCGGUGCACCUGUGGAAAGUGCACUUGCCUCGUUGACAAACGCUGGGCUGAUGAAUUCGAAGGGGAUUUUGUCAUUGAUUUUCUUUAUGGAUUAAAUGAUGAAUUUGAAGCGGUCCGUAAUCAGAUCACGAUGAUGGAUCCGAUGCCCGAUAUACAGAGGGCUUACAAUCUAGUGAUACAACAAGAACAACAGCGUCUGGUAAAAUCUCCUAUGCCCUCUGAUGCUGUUUUCCAGUCCUCUGCUUCUCUUCCUGUUGAGAAUGUUGCAGCUGUUGCUGGUCCUCCUUUCAAGUCCAAGCAACGCCCGCUUUGCACUCACUGUGGAUUGUAUGGCCAUACAAUUCAGAAGUGCUAUAAGCUUCAUGGUUACCCUCCUGGGUAUAAACCUUCUGGAGGUAGCAGAUCUCAAUCUCAGACCAAGCCUUCUCAGCACGGUUCUUCGCCAGCAUCGGGUCAUUUUAUCAAUCUGGUUAAGGAAACAAACUAUGUUGUUCCUCCCACGGUUUCGGAUAUGGGUAAAUUCUCGUUUGCACAGUUACAGGAGCUUUGUUCCAAGCUCAGCUCACAGUUGCAGACAUAUGGACCUACCAUUACGGAGGCAGGGGCACCUGAUGUUACUGCUUCUUCUUCUGGAGCCUACUCGGGGCUCGACGAUUGGACAGGCUAG